AUGCCUAUCGUUGUCACCCCCCCAGAGCCAACCCAAUUCUACGUCCCCACAGUCGACAUCUCACCGUAUCUGGCUGAUCCCACUUCGGCUGAGGCGGGAAAGAUCAUCGCAGACGUGCGUGCCGCCUGCAUCUCUACAGGCUUCUUCCAGAUCACCGGCCAUGGGAUCCCGCGCUCGCUUCAAAAAGACGUCUUCGAUGCAGCCGCCGCAUACUUUGCGUUGCCCUAUGAUGAGAAGAAGAAACUCGACGCCAAAACCACUAUCGGUCACAGAGGCUACGACGUCCUUGCUUCGCAAUCCUACGAGGCAGAUGUGCUGCCCGACUUGAAGGAAAACCCGGGCCUCGAAGUCCUCGACACCAACUCCAACGAAUUCGUGCCCAUCGCUCCAAACCCAGACGCGUACGUAGUGAAUGUCGGGAGCAUGUUGUCCAAAUGGACGCGGAACGAGUACAAGAGCAGUGUGCACAGGGUGAUCAAUCGGAACCCGGGCGACAGGUAUAGUGUGGUGUUUUUCUUUGACGGGAAUUUGGAUUGCAGGUUGAGUCCUUUGGAUGGGCAGGGGGAGAAGGAGGGGGAGGAGGUGUUGACUGUGGAGGGGCAUAUGUUGAAGAGGAUGAGGGAGUCUUAUGGAGGGAAGAAAUGA